AUGGCGGCACACGAAGGCACCAACCGCGUGGCGCCGAUGGAGGUCACCGUGGAGGCCGGGAACGCCGGGGAGGCCGCGUGGCUGGACGUCGACGGCCUGCCCCAGCGCGCCGGCACGUUCUGGACGGCCAGCGCGCACAUCAUCACCGCCGUCAUCGGCUCCGGGGUGCUCUCCCUGGCCUGGGCCAUCGCGCAGCUCGGCUGGGUGGCCGGCCCGGCCGCCAUGCUGCUCUUCGCCUUCGUCACCUACUACACGGCCACGCUGCUCGCCGACUGCUACCGCACGGGCGACCCGGAGACGGGGAAGCGCAACUACACCUACAUGGACGCCGUGCGCUCCAACCUUGGCGGCGCGAAAGUCGGGUUCUGCGGCGUGAUCCAGUACGCCAACCUCGUCGGCGUCGCCAUCGGGUACACCAUCGCGUCGUCCAUCAGCAUGAAGGCCAUCAGGAGGGCUGGAUGCUUCCACACCCACGGGCAUGCUGAACCGUGUAGCAGCUCCAGCAUCCCGUACAUGAUCGUCUUUGGUGCCGUGCAGAUCGUCUUCUCGCAGAUACCGGACUUCGAUCAGAUUUCGUGGCUCUCCAUCGUCGCUGCCGUCAUGUCCUUCACCUAUUCUUCCAUCGGACUCUCCUUCGGCAUCGCACAGACCAUCUCUAAUGGUGGGUUCAAGGGAAGCCUGACCGGCAUCAGCAUCGGUGCCGGCGUCACCUCCACACAGAAGGUCUGGCACAGCCUGCAGGCCUUCGGCGAUAUCACCUUCGCCUACUCCUUCUCCAACAUCCUCAUCGAAAUUCAAGACACGAUCAAGGCCCCGCCACCGUCGGAGUCGAAGGUGAUGCAGAAGGCGACGCGUCUCAGCGUGGCGACCACGACCAUCUUCUACAUGCUGUGCGGGUGCAUGGGGUACGCAGCGUUCGGCGACGCCGCGCCGGACAACCUCCUCACGGGAUUCGGCUUCUACGAGCCCUUCUGGCUGCUCGACGUCGCCAACGUCGCCAUCGUCGUGCACCUCGUCGGCGCGUACCAGGUGUUCUGCCAGCCCAUCUUCGCCUUCGUCGAGCGCCGCGCCGCUGCGGCCUGGCCGCACAGCGCCUUCAUCUCACCGUAG